UAGAGUGUACUGUGUGCUACACACGUUGGUACACCUACUCAUAUGUUGUAGUCUAGUUCCGUACUUACGUAUGGAAAGAGACAUAGGUAGAAUACAUGUGGACUCUGGGUAGUUAUUAAGAACUGGUUCCACUCACUGCAUAGUGAGCAAGCUGAGCCCGUACGCGGUCUGAAAUCAUGCCAAGAAGGGAAAGCAGCAGUGACAGUGAUUCCAGCUCAUCAAGCAGUAGCAGUGCAAGCAGCAGCAGCAACAACAGUAGCAGUAGCAGCAGCAGCAGUAGUAGCGGAUCCAGCAGUAGUGACAGUUCCAGUCAAAGCAGCAGUAGUACUCACAGUUCUUCUGCCAAUUCUUCUAAAAAGAAAGACAGAAAUCUAUCACCAAAAGACAGUAACAAAAGAAAGGAAGCAAAACAUGAUAUAAUAAGAGAGAAACCUGUGUCAAAAGAAAAUGUAACGCAUGAAAGAAAACGUGAACGAGAAAGGACAGAAAAGUCUAAUUUAAGACCAGAAAAAACAGAAUUAGUUGUUGAACACAUUAGACCAAAGGUUAGAUCAUCAGAACAUGAUAGGCAUAAAAGAGAUUCUCCAGAACAGUUUAGAACAGAGCACUCCAAAAGCAACAGUCCUCCAAGAACAUUUCGUCAGAGUCCAGAUUCUAGAAGUAAAGCAAAGGAAGAGAGAAAUCAGACACACAGACUGAGAUCUUCUAGCCUGUCACCCCAACCUAAAGAAAAAGAUCAAAGACAUAGGAGACGAUCUUCUAGUCUGUCACCUCCACCUAAAGGUAGAGAUCAAAGACCUAGGAGGAGAUCUUCUAGCCUAUCACCUCUGCCUAAAGAAAGAGAUCAGAGACAUAGCAGGAGAUCUUCCAGCCUAUCACCUCCACCUAAAGAAAGAGAUCAAAGACAUAGGAGAAGAUCUUCUAGUGUAUCACCGCUACCUAAAGAAAGAGAGCAGAGACAUCAGAGGAGAUCUAGUCUAUCACCUCAACCUGUUAGACAUAAACGUUCUCGGUCAGACACAGAAAGUCCCAGACCAUCUUCACGAAGAGAGCCAGCUGAUUCACAGCUUAAAGAAAACUGGGAUAAAACGGACAGCCAGAAAUCUUCUCGAUACUCAGAAAAAAGCAAAACACAAUCCAGCAAAUUAACUAAUGACGGUAAGUCUUCACAAAGAGAACAGACUAGAAGGGAGCACUCUAGAAGUUACAGCCCUGAGAGUACAAGAGAGAAAAAAAACUCAUCUAGAUACAAAUCUAAACAAAAUACAGAGAAUACACUUGAUAACACACACACAAAAAGUGAUGCACGUUCUGAAAGUCCAGAUUCAAGAUGUUCAGCUUCAAAGGCAGAUUCCCAGAGGCAUUCUAAACACCAUAAUGAAGAAAGACACAGGAAUGAUGAAGUUGAAUGGAACCUUGAAAAGGUAGUUUCUUCACAGGAAAGAAAGAAUAGUCCAGAAACAAAUACAGAGAGCUGCAAAUAUAAAACACGAAAGGAUAAUAGGUCUCCAAAUAUUCAUAAAACAGUAAGGGAUGAUAAAUCCCCGAAUGAGGGAAGGUUGCAUCAGUCUGUUAGUAGUAGACAAGAACAUACUGUAGAUAAUCGAUCUCGUAGAUCGUCAUCUUCAUCCUCAUCUUCCUCGUCAUCUUCAUCAUCAUCUUCAUCAUCUUCCUCUUCCUCCUCCUCAUCUGAAAGGUCUAGUCACUCUUCAAGAGGAAGGAGUACUAAAACAGAUGUAAUUCCUCAAAAGCAGACAAGAUCUGGAAGCUCAUCCUCUAGGGAAAGACAUGAUAGGAAGACAUCAAAAAGCCCUGUGUUAAUUCACGGAAGAGAUAACAGAGUAACACAGCUUGUAGGUGAAAAAUGUAGAACUGCUUCACAAGAAAGGAAUACCUGGGGGACGGGUACAUCUGAUAUGCGAGAGGCAGAGAAGUCAUUAGAUACUCUCUCUCCUCAUGAGACCAGGUAUUCACGAUCCCCUUCUAGAACCAGUGAGAAAUCGUCCCGUAGUAAAAGUCCAUCUGGAAGUAAGCAGGAGCCCCAUUCAUCAGUCGGUAAAAAACAUGAAAGAACUAAUGCGCUGAAGCCAAAGAAAAAAACUGUUGAGUAUUCUUCAACAGAGGAUGAUGGUGUUACAUCAGACUCAGGAUUUUUUCCAAAUUCUGGUUCAAGACGGAGCCCUAAACAAAAAGGAUGUUCAGAAGUAAAAGUGGAUGUUGGUUUAUUAGAAAAGAAAAAUGGUAGCAGAAAAGGAAGUCCAGAUAGUGUAAAACAUGACAUUCAGUCAACAGUAGAGGAAAAGAAGCUAUGUGCUGCAGAUAGUUCCGGAAAAGGACCCAGAAACAUGAGUCCUUUGAAGGAAUUGUCUCAGAACCAUGCUUCUGAGGAAGAAUCAUUGUCCAGAGAUAAGACUGUUAAGGCCCAGCCAAGUUCUGAAAUGGUUUCCUCAACUGAAAAAACAGGCUACAGAUCACAUUCUGAAGAUUCUGAUUCAGAUUCUUCAUCUUCUAGCAAAGUUACUGCAAGUUUUCAGAAAAAGGAAGGCAGUGGGAGAGACUCUGAAUCAGAAGCUGAUGCACCUUUUCAGCAGACAGGACAAAGUGAUAUCAAGGAACCUGAUAGUACACUUUCAUCCGAGCCUUCAUUUAAUAGAAAAAGACAUGAUACUUCCGAAGACUCUGAGUCAAGUGUUCAGAGUCCCCAGAUCUCCAGCCAGAGACAGCAGAGUCCAGAGCAAGACAUCAGGAAAGAUACUGUGAAACAACCAUGCAUAACAAGGAAAAGACAGCGGUCAUCAUCUUCUGAGAGAGAUCGGAACAGAUAUAGAUCGAGAAGUCCAGUGCUACCACCAUACAAAAUUACUUCACAUGCAGACAGCCCUGUUUCCAGUAAGAAGGCAUCCGAGAGUUUUCCCUCCCCAUCUGGAGAUGUAAUUGAUGAAAUGAAAGACCGUGAGGAUAGAAAAAACAAAGACAGGCCAGUAGACAACAGAUUUACACCAGAGGGCCACCUUGACAACAGUUCCCCAAAACAAGCUGGGCAGGAAAGUGGUUCUUCAGAGGACAGUGAUGGUUCAAGUUCCAGUAGCUCUGAAAAUGAAGAAAGUGCUGGAAGCAGUGGUGGAGCAGUUCAGAAAAUGAAAAGCAGUGUUGCUCAUAUACAAUGCAACUCUGACAGGGAAAGAAGGGACAGCAACAGCCUUCGUCAAAGAAGUUCUUCUCCUGAGUACAGGUCCAGAGAUCGAGAUGAAUCACUUUCUCCACGAGAUCGAAGAUGUUUGGAUCACACAAAGUAUGACCAGGAAAAGUCAGAAAGAGGACGAUACCAUGGCAGAAAUGCUCAUGACUGGGAUAGGGAGAGAGAGGAGUAUUCAGACAGAAGCAGGGAUUUUGAAAAAAGAAAGCGAGGCAAAUCUCCAUCUCCCAUUAAACUAGGUGAUGAAGAAAGAACAGUAUCGCAGACUUUACCUCCUCCCGAAGAACCUCCUUCAAAGAGGAAAAAGGAUGAACUUGAUCCAAUCCUUACACGGACAGGAGGGGCAUACAUUCCCCCUGCAAAGCUCAGGAUGAUGCAAGAGCAAAUCAGUGACAAAAGCAGGGGUUUACUAGCAAGAUCAGUUUUACAGGCACAGAGUGCCUCACCCAUCUUUACUCAUGUUUAUGCAGCAGUUGUGGCAGUUAUCAAUUCCAAAUUCCCACAUAUUGGAGAAUUGAUGCUCAAGAGGCUGAUUCUGAAUUUCCGUAAAGGAUACCGCAGAAAUGAUAAGCAACUUUGCCUGACAUCUUCCAAGUUUAUAGCCCAUAUUAUCAAUCAGAAUGUGGCUCAUGAAGUUUUGGCACUUGAAAUGCUCACUCUUCUCCUGGAAAGACCUACAGAUGACAGCGUUGAAGUUGCAAUAGGAUUUUUGAAAGAAUGUGGCCUUAAAUUAACUGAAGUUUCUCCUCGUGGAAUUAACGCUAUCUUUGAACGUCUUCGCAAUGUUCUCCAUGAGUCUGAAAUUGACAAGCGUGUUCAGUACAUGAUUGAAGUUAUGUUUGCAAUUCGUAAAGAUGGCUUUAAGGAUCACCCAGUCAUUCCUGAAGGACUGGAUUUGGUUGAAGAAGAUGACCAGUUUACUCAUAUGCUGCCAUUGGAAGAUGAUUAUUUACCUGAAGAUGGUCUUAAUGUUUUCAAGAUGGAUCCUGAUUUUCUGGAAAAUGAAGAAAAAUAUAAAACCAUAAAAAAAGAAAUACUUGGAGAAGGCAGCAGUGAGUCAGAGUCUGAAAGAGGUGAUGAAGAUGAAGCCACUGAAGAGGAUGAAGAGGAGGAUGAACAAGAAGAAGAAGGUGAAGCGAAAGUGACCAUUUAUGACCAGACAGAAGUUAACCUGGUUUCUUUCCGACGUACUAUUUAUCUUGCCAUACAAUCAAGUCUAGACUUCGAAGAAUGUGCCCAUAAACUGUUAAAAAUGGAAUUUCCUGAGAGCCAGACUAAAGAGCUCUGCAACAUGAUACUUGACUGCUGUGCACAACAAAGAACAUAUGAAAAAUUUUUUGGCUUGUUAGCCGGGAGAUUCUGUGUGCUGAAGAAGGACUACAUGGAAGCUUUUGAAGUGAUUUUUAAGGAGCAAUAUGAUACCAUUCAUCGGCUGGAAACAAACAAGCUGCGUAACGUUGCAAAAAUGUUUGCUCAUCUUUUCUACACUGACUCAAUCCCAUGGAGUGUAAGUUGUGAAGUGCGAAAUCAUUGGAGUAAUGUGGGAAAGUGA